CCAAAAAGUAGUUGGGUGGCUGAGUUUACCCACCGUACUGUUGAAAUUGAAAAGACUAUAUCACCCUUUAGAAUGUACGCUCUCUGGAUUUCAAUUUUCACUGCCGCUCCCUCUUUUCUCUUUUCUCUUUCUGUUUGGUCUUGUCUCUGCCUCUGACCGGGAAAAACAAAGACAACACCAAAUUUCACUCAACCCUAAAUUCUCUUUCAGUAAUGGCUUUCGCUUCUUUUCUCGGAAGAGUCCUCUUCGCCUCCAUCUUCAUCCUCUCCGCUUACCAAGAGUUUAAUGCAUAUGGAGUUGAUGGGGGACCUGCAGCAAAAGCAAUUAGACCAAAGUUUGAUGCCUUUAUACAGAAAGUAGAUUCUCAAGAUGGCUUACAACUUCCAGAAAUUGAUACAAAAUUUUUAGUUGCCGGAGCUAUUGCUCUCAAGGGCAUUGGAGGAAUUCUGUUCAUAUUGGGCAGUUCGUUCGGAGCUGUACUUUUGCUUUUGCACCAGCUGAUUACCACUCCAAUAUUGUACGAUUUCUAUAAUUAUGAUAGUGAGGACAAGGAAUAUAUUCAACUUUUCAUCAAAUUUACACAGAACAUGGCUCUCUUUGGGGCUUUAUUGUUUUUUAUUGGGAUGAAAAACUCCAUUCCUAAAAGGCAACCCAGGAAGAAGGUUCCCAAAACCAAAACCUACUAGUAGCCGUAAUUUGAAGAAUACUCAUUUUGCAAGAAGUUUCCCUGGUUGAUCAGUAUUCCUAUUCCUAACUACCCAGGAUCUGGCUUGAUUGUUUGUCUGGCUCAGCACAAUUCUCCCCACCAACGAGUUUUGUAGGUGUAGCAUCAGUCUCACGUGGAUUACACAUAAUUUAUGUAUGCAUAUGUAUUGUUCUUUUGCUUAACAUUAGUAACUAUUUUUCAAUUGCUAAACACCCAAAAGGGUUAAAACGACUAGAACCUGUUUGCUCAAACUUAAGAGUGCUAUUUUCAUUUUGUGAUCUGUCUAGCAAACUUGAUUUUAAAGGUCCUGAAAGGGUGGCCGUUGAUGUUUUUACUACAUUAAAUUUCUCUAUACAUUUGUGUUCACCAAUUUGA